CGCGCCCACCAAAGCGCCCAUCACCCGUAUAUUUUCCAGUCUAAUUCCCUCACAAUUUCAUUGUAUUCCAUACUACCCCUGCACAAUCCCUACAAUUUCAUCCCUAUCCCACCAUACCGUUUUUAUCUACCACGUCCUGCCUUAUGACCUGUUUGCCUAUACCCAUACACUCGCUCCCCCACUCUCUCUCAAAUUCACAUUCUCACUCUGGUCUCCUUAAUUUCUCACAAUUAACCCUAAUUUAUUUUCCAUUCAGAACCCUAAUUUCCCCCUCUUGUAUGAUUACUUGACUAGCCUCCAAAAUCUCCGUAAAGCCAUAGUUUUUUUUUUUUGCCUUUGUAGAAAAUUUUCCGACGAAAAGAAUUCUUCAAUUUCUGCUCAAGAAUUGUCUAUUCCCCUAUUUGUGCUCCCUCAUUUUGAACGAAUUCAAACCCUAGGUAGAUUUUCUUGGGGGAGUUUAGCAAAUUCUGCGCAGGCUCAAUAGAAACCCGCAUGAUAAAGCUCGGGUAUCUGAGGCCGUUUCUGUAUUUCUCAUGGAGUCGAAUCCCGUGAUUUUCGAUAUCAGCUCUGAUGAGGAGUCGGCCUUUAAUGAGCCCAGAGGUGGGGAUGAUGACCAUGAAUGGUUGACUGAACUCCUCGAGACCGUCGAUAAAGAAAACGCCGAUUCUGAUGAGGUUCUGGUAGUGGGCGAGUAUAAUCCUCCGAAACCCAAGUCAAAGUCUAAGUCAUCGAAACCGGUGAAAGAUGUUGACGAUGAUGAUUGUGUGGUUUUGGACGGUGACCCAGAUAAGCAAGUUGAUGUCGUUGAUGAUGCAGCCAGCGAUGGUGAUGAUGUGCUUGUUGUUGGACAAAAGGGACAGAUUGCAUGUAGAGACUAUCCUCAUCCGCGGCAUCUUUGUGCUAAAUUUCCUUUUGGUUCAACCCCACAUGAAAGACACUGUGAUUUGUGCCACUGUUAUGUCUGUGACUCAAUUGCGCCAUGUGCUCACUGGGGUACAGGUGUCUCCAUUGUUGACCACUGUCAUGCCACUGAUAAACAGGAGAUAUGGAAAAGUCAGCGGCAAAGUUUCAGGCUAGGGAAAAAUGCUUCAGUACUAGUUUCAAAAUUUCCUGAUGCUCGGCUUCCUGUGGCACCACCCCAAUUUAACCAAGUUGCACCCCUUGAUAUUAUACAAUUGGCACCCAACUCAGUGACACAAAAUCAGAUCUCCAGGCCCACUGCAAUUCGUGCUUGCUCCUCUGCCCGAUUGAAUGCUCCAAAUUUUAUAAGCCAGAGUAGAAACAGACGACCAGGAUGUGCUCAGGGUAGAAAUGGAUUCCUGCCUCACUCAGUUUCACGGCAGCCAGUCGGUAUACAUAAUACUGCCGUUGUACGAAAUAGAGGCCAACAAUCUGUCUCCUCUAAUACAAUGUUUAAAAGGCCAGGAAUCAUCAGGGGUGCUUCUGCAAUGAACCAGUCUGUGUAUGGUUCUGUAAACAAAAUGAAUUGUGCUCCAGCAUCACAUUAUACUAGGAAUAGUGUUUCAAUGGCCAGAACAAAUGCUAAAAAUCCUUCUGGGUGGCAGGAUGCUUUACCCAACAUGGUUCCACAUGCGUAUGCUCAUCCAAGCCCCUCCCAGCCCAACAUGGGCAGUGCCACUUUAAACAUGGUGCCUCCUCGACCUGAAGUGUAUAGCCAGCCUUUUCCGCAGUCAAACCAUGGCCAAAACAUUUAUCAGAAUCAAAGUCAAAAUGUCGUCAAUUCGAGUUUUCCUGAUUUUGACUAUAGUUGGAUUAGCAACUUGAGUGAAAGCAAUGAGCAAGUUUCAGCUGAAAAUAUCCAUCCACAUGCCACAGGGUCCAACAAAGAGCCCACAUCAGUCGAGCAGUUUAGUUCCUACUAUGCUGAAAACACCGAACUACACCAGAAGGACCAUGAUUAUGAGAGCUGGUUGUUCGGCCAAUCUGAUGCAGUAGUCUCUGAAGAUUGUGUUCCUGCUGAUCUGAAUGUCUUUUCUUCUGAACCUUUUGCUUUUGAUGCAGGUAUGCUUUGUUUCGAUUUUGAAACAUAUUGGAAUGGUCUGGCAAAUGUGUAGCCACAAUUGCUAAUUGUGCUUAUUGAAAGUUGUUAAAGCUGGGCCUUUUGCGUUUUGACAACAAAAUCACUGUUGGGUACUGAAAAAAAAAAGGAGCUUUUAAACUGUACAAUCAUUUUAGAUUACAAGUGCACAAAUUAUCCAUGAGACAAAUGAUUUUGUAGAGACUAGAGAGGAUGACUGUUUUGUAGUCUUGUAUUUUUAUGGAUACAGAAAUCAUGUGUUGGUCACUGCUCAA